CCAGAAUGAUUUUAAUUAUGCAUAUAAAAAAACACUAAGAUAAGUAUAUAUAAAGAAAAAAAUGCUUGACAAACUUAUCGGAGGGCAUAGGUAUGGCAACGGGUACGGCCACAAGGACCACAGAAGCAGCGGCUAUGCCUUCCAGGAGCACAAGAAAUUCAUGUCUUACGAGGAGUCAGAAGGAGGAUACUUUGACCGUCAAUCCCGCUACGAUCACCACAUGAGGCUUCCGGCCAACUACGGCCGUCCACCCAUGGCUCACAUGCCUGUCUUUGAUGAAGAAGACUCAGACUCAGACGUAGAGGAUUUCUAUAAGAGCAGCCAGAGCCACCGCACUACGGUGCUGCCAAAUCACGGCAAAAACCACCACCAACAGCCACCUCAUAUGAACUUCAUGACCCUACCUCCGAUGACUCAAUUUCACCACAAUGGAAAGAUGGGUAAUGGAUGGCAGGGGAUGCAUGAAGAUGCAUAUCAUGGAGGAUACGGGAUGCAGCAACACGGUGCGCAAGGGAUGGAGCACCAGGACAGGCUUAUGGCUCCUCAGGUUCCACCACAUCAUGUCUACAUGAACCCCAGCCAUGGCAGUGGCAGUGGCCAUGCAGUUAUGUUCAAGGCUUCGGAGAACUGGCGAUUCAGCAACUAUAGCGGCGGCCACCACAAAGCCGGGUGGAGGAAUAAGGGACUCUGACCCAACUAUGCCGGUUUAAAAAGAAGUAAUGAUUAUGUAUGCUAAAUAAUAAAAUUAUAAGUAAGAUGUGUGCGUGAUAAACAUAUUUCAGUAUCGUACUAAAACCAAACAAGGGACUUUAGCAAAAAGAAACAAAGUGUUCUUGUUUGAUGAACUUAUAAUUAGUAAGGAGUGUUGUUGCUGUGUAUCUAAUAUAUCAAUACUAUUAAAACAGGUGAUCUUUUUCUGAGGUGACCUUCUAUUUCAAUAUUA